UGUUCGCAUGUCUUUACAAGAAAGCACAACUUGAAAUCGCAUCUAUUGACACAUACCCACGAAAAGCCAUUUCAGUGUCACAUAUGCUCAUCUAAAUUCCGCAGAUUACAUGAUUUGAAGCGUCAUGAGAAGUUACAUACAGGUGAAAAGCCCUACGCUUGUAAGACAUGUGGACGUCGCUUUGCCAGGGCAGAUGCCCUUGUUCGACAU